UUAAGUGCACUGCAAGAUAGAGGAGAAAAAUGGCCGCAAGUGGUACAACUCUGAAUCUUUCGUCUGGCAAAGACAACAUUGAUGGUUGGUUGUACACUAACGGACGCCAACCGCAUGACAUCGAGAUGAUGAGGACACUGAACGGCCAACACACCAAGAGAGAACGGUCGCAGAACUGGGAACAGACGGAGAAAUUUGUCCUCGUCCGUUUGGUGCAGCAACGUUUAGCUGUGAUUGAGGACAAGGCAGCCGACACGGACGCCGUGCAGCGACGGAAGCAGGCUUGGCGGGAGAUUCACGCUGAAUUCACCGCUAAGAUAGGCAGCCGAGCCGGUAGGGUUAGUCGGAGCAUACAGCGGAUACGAGAACAAUGGAGACGCAUGAAGUACUGGGCUAGGCACGAGUUGGAUGUUUAUCUAGAGACGCGAGUGGAGGUGAACGGGAAGGUGCGGUAUAGCACUAGGAAGCCGAACGAGUUGGCGCAGUAUAUCAACGGGAUGAUGGCUGCUAUUGAGCGGACUAAUCACGGACAUAGAGUGAGGACCGUGAGGAGCUAUCUGCGAACAGCUGACGAUGAUCUCCAACGUGAUCUCCAAGAUGCUGACUUGCAUCCUCAAAGUCAACUCUCUUCGCCAGACCCACAGCCCGACUUCCACCCAGAGCAAGGCAUCGUAGACACAGCCCAUGAGACGAAGCUUAAGGAGGAUGACAUCCCCGAUGCCAUGGAAACGCCACAGGUGAAACAGGAGAGUGUGGAAUUGUUGGAUGAGGAUGAGUCUGGCGUUACUAUGGUUACUUUGCCAUCCAUCCAGCUCAGUGAUGUCCACUCACCACCGUGUCAGUCCAUGAGCCAGCAGGUUAUCAGAGUGGAUUCUAUUAACGGACACGCCUCGUCCAGUAACUCUACAUUGCCCAGCUGGGCAAGAGAGUUUCCAGAGAUCGUGGGAGAGUCGGCUGACCCAAGACCAACACACGACGUGGAUAAUGAUGAGGAUGAAUCAGACUUUCUUGAUGACUCCGAUGAUGACGAGAUGUUGGGAUCUUACUCCGACUGGGGGCGGGAUGUUCCCGUCACUGAUACCACCGCUACACGCCUUACUACGAUGGAAUCAAACUCUCGCUCCAAGUUGGAAAAGCAGCAACAGCUCCACGCCCGCUGGGAAUUCAAGCGUCGCAUGCAGAUGAUGGAGGAGGAGCACGCGCGCAGGAUGCAGAUCUUAGAAAUCCAUAAGGAGACGGCACAGAUGAAGAAAAAGCUGGUCUUUCGGCAGCUUAAAAAGAGUAGAGCACCCUCAGCGUCUGUCUCCAAUCCGUACGGUCGGAGGGUUCCUUUGCAACGAUAAAAACUUGAAAAACUAUACUUUACGAAAACAAAAAAAUAAGUAUACAAAUAAGCACAAGUCAUGACCAUUUUCUUUCCAAGCAUUUAGAAAUAAUUUUAGCCACACAAAGAUUUGUAGAUUUAGAGAUCAGUGACGUACUACACAACAAGCAAUAUAAGCCAGUGGAGUAAGACUGUGCCGUCGAGUGUGUGUGGGGGUGUGUGGGUGUACAGGCAUUACAUUCCCUGUGUGGACUUCCGAACAAAAGAUGUCCACAUAAACCAGGUAGAGGAGACACUGUGCGGACUUGGGCAAGUCCACACAGUGUUUCCCAAUUUCUGGAAAACAGGUUUAGAGGC